AUGGAAAUGACAGGAAAUGCUUCUCAACCUCUUACGUGUAAUAAUGGCAGUGAAAGGAUUGACCCCUAUGGCUUUGAGAGACGUCAUGAUUAUGAAUCUUACACCGAGAUGAUGAAUGAGUACCUCGCCGUCCUCAACAGACGGUCCAAGAGGUGGUCCAAGCUCCUUGAAGAGAAACCAAAUGUGGAGAAGAACUUGAAAGUGAAAAGGUAUGUGCGUAAAGGUGUACCCAAUGAGCACCGUGCCAGGAUUUGGAUGGCAGCCAGUGGAGCACAGGAACGAUUAGAGAGUAACCCGGGUUAUUACCAAUCUCUGCUGGCCAUGGAGCACGACACACGGCUGAGGGAAACCAUUCAUACAGACAUGCAUAGGACCUUUCCUGACAACGUCCUGUUCCAGAGCGAAGCAGAACCGAGCCUGCAGAGAGCUCUGUACAAUGUGCUGCUGGCCUACGGACACCAUAAUAAGGAAGUGGGUUACUGUCAGGGCAUGAACUUCAUUGCAGGCUACCUCAUGAUCAUCACCAAGGAUGAAGAGAAGUCAUUCUGGCUCAUGGAUGCACUGCUGGGCAGAAUGCUGCCAGACUUCUACAGCCCGGCUAUGAUGGGCCUGAAAACUGACCAGGAGGUUCUCGAUGAGCUGGUGAAGGCUAAAGCUCCUGCAGUAGGACAGCUCAUGGACCAGUAUCCCGGCAUAUGGACACUGGUAGUGUCGCGCUGGUUCAUCUGCCUCUACAUUGACAUACUGCCGAUCGAGACAGUGCUGCGGGUCUGGGAUUGUCUUUUCUACGAGGGCUCAAAGGUUCUCUUCCGUGUUGCUCUGACUCUAAUCAUUCACCACCAGCCGGAGAUCCUGCGAGCUCGCUCUUUGACUGAUGUGUGCGAGUGCUUCAAACAAAUCACACGUGGAGCUUUCACUCUGGACUGCCACACCUUCAUGCAGAAAAUCUUUACAGAACCUGGAAGUCUGUCGAUGGCAACUAUUGAUAAACUCAGAGAGAAAUGCAGACAACGAAUACAGGAGGAACAAUCUGGACGACCAUAAAGUUAUUACCACACCAUUUAUCUCAGUGUGUUUAUUAGUUUUCCUUCUGUUAUACUUUUCUGGAUUACACUUUGAAGGAUGUAGAUAUUUUUUAACCUUUUUUUUUUGCUCAGUGUCUCAUGUUCUUCAGAAUAUUUCUGCUGCUAUUAGUAUGUCAACAUCCUCACACCUGAUGCUUUAUAUGUAUUUCAAUCUGCCAUGGUUUUUAUUACUUGCACUAUAUUGAUUUAGUAGCAUGGAAGUGAUAGUUUUGUUAUUGUUGAGAUAAUCACUUAAUAUCUCACUUGCACUCCUGCACAUUGUUAAAAAUGCUUAUUUUUCUUUGUGA